AUGUCUCAGGCAGGUAAAGUCCUUCACCUGUACGUAGAGGUGAGGUCUGUUGCUGAGGACGAAGGAAAGGUGCCGGGAAGAGGAACUGAUGGGACCGGUCACCUGAUGCUUCAUUGCCCAGACGUCCUCCCUCAUCCCCAGACGAGCUCCACCCACUCCAGUCCCAACCGCAGUCCAGCUGUUUCCCCAGUCGCUCAGCAUCACACUGGGAACCACAGCUUAGCCCCUUCAAAGUCCUCCUCCAGGCACUCAGUCAGCUUCCAACUCCAAAACCCUGAUGCACCAGGAUCUCCCGCCCAGUUCCAUCGACAGGACGUGUUGUCUGAUAGUUUUGGGCAGUUACUCCAGGUCCUUGCACCUGGAACAAAUAGUCUAGGCCAGCAUGGCUCCCUGGGACGCACCCGUUCUUCAGACUUGGAUCCCUACCAGGGAAAGGUGCUUAUCUCCCCAUCUUCUACAUGUUCGGGGAGGCUGAGUGUACCCUCCACUCCCACCAGCAACCGUAGGUCCUGUGAGAUCCCAGCGGUGGGGGGUGAGGAGGGGAGGACAUCUGUGGUUACCUUUGGCUACAUAGAGAAAGCUAACGUCCACAGCAUGGGCAGCCGGCGUACUUCUGUGUGCCAAAGUGAGUUGGACAAUCCUGUGAGCAGAAUAGAGGGGCAGCCGCUGCCUGCCCAUCUCCGGAAACGGCUGAGUGACCCAGUGUGGUACAAUGGUCAGCCGGCAACGGGCGACCCUUACCCUGAUCACCCCUACCUAUCCCAGAAUCAGUCCCCACGGGGCUCGCCUUACCUGCAGAGGGCUGCCCUGGGGGCAGUAGCCGGAGAUGCCACCCACAGGGCCUUGGAGGAGUUUGGAUCCCCAGAUCUCAGACGGCGAUUUGCCGGUCAUGGCUCAGAGAACUGCAGCCCCACCCUUCCACGACACUACCAGUCCCCUCGCUGCCGGUCCUGGGGGGGGUCACCUGUCCUGCCUCGCAGCACCCUCACCCUGCCAUCCAAGGCCCAGCUCUCAGAGCUGGAUAGGGGGAUCUGCCGUAGUUCAGUGAAUGGGAUACCCAGAAGUCCUGCCUCUGACCACCUAUGUACCCACACUGGAUACUCCUCCCACUCAGCGGCUCCAACCUCAACACUUCACUCACAUGGCCCCCCCCAGAGCCCGCAGAGGCCACGGCUCGGGGAUGAGAGCUCCAAGUUUUCCACCAAAUUUCAUCCACCUUUACCUGCAGGGAGACCUACAGACAUCCAGCAUGGGAUUCCAACGAGCACAUUCCCCACCAGCCACCAGCCCAGUACUGGCUACCGAACCAGUGGGAACUCCCAACACAUUAUCAAUAGUAGCUAUAAAGCUAACAUCACCAACACCAGUAAUAAUGCUAGAAACAGUACACAGUACAGUGCUCACGAUAAGAGUCACUACAAAUCGUCACGCUGCAGCAGCAGAGCCAGUGAUCAUUCAGCAGUCAGCCCCACCAACGGUAGGAGAAGUGUCUCCCCAUCCUCAAACACUGAACUGGCUUGUAAAUUAGCCUUGGAGGCUACCAAACUGUCCUCCAUCUUUGCAGGCAGACGGACCCCCUCUCCAACACCUUCUCAAGCUGAGUCGCUGCUGUCAGAGAGUCCCAAGAUGGGAGGGUCAUUCCUGAGUGAAUCCCACCCGCACGCCACCCUUCAAGGGCAAAACUCCCCUGAACCCCUGCAGGCAGAUAACCAGAACCACAGAUGGAAAACAGACAAACCGAUACCUCAAACCAGACCAGGACGUGUCAACCCCUUCUUGUCCCAGACAGGCCUCUCUCCAUCUCCAGGUUUACCGGCGAGGUUGCACCGAGCUGCCGCUUCGCAGUCUCCAGUUUUAGACCCACGGAGUUCAUCACUCAGUAAAGACAUGUCCAACCUGCACCGCUACCAGCCACCACAGUACACUGGGGACCGCAAAUCACCUGGCAUGGAGAGGAGGCAGUAUGAUCACCUCUUUGAUCGAUCACCCAGGGACAGCCCUGAACUCUCCAGGAGACACCUCUCCAGCCAAAACACAGAGGGUUUACCCGUGAGCUGGACCUCCAGGCAGCAGGAGUGGAGGGAGACUGGACCAGUCCGGGACCGAGAUGAACUCUGUGAAAAAGACCACAGACAGUCAACCUCUAGAGUUUACACUCCAAGCAAGGAUGGAGAUGACAAAGAGGUGAAGACGUCAGUGCAGGGGAACCAGAGGUCAGUUGUAGACAUAUCUAAGGAUCAGAGGGAGGAGGUCCAGGAUCACAGCGGGGCUGGAGGGACGUCCUCUCAGAGCUCCAGUGGGGUGACGGGCAGCAUGGGAGACAGUUCCCAGCUGGACAGAAACGACAGUUUGUUCCCCGAAACUUCGAGUCAGUCGAGCCACGACACAGCGGACACCGGCUCUGGGAUACAGUCGGACAGCGGCUCAGCGACGACUCCGUCCUCGCGGUCACUGAAGAUCGCCCGAGCCAAGUGGGAGUUCCUGUUUGGAGGCCAGACAGAGGACAGCCGCUGCAGUAAAGAGUGCAGCAGCAGUGGCGGUACUGGGAGUAGCAGCACUAACACCAGUAGUAGUGGUGAUAUAACAGACGUAGCAGUGCAAGCCAAUCAGAGGAGGGGGCGGGACAAAGAGGGUCAAAAGUUGUCGCAUCACAAAGUGCAGCAGAUCGAGGUGGAGCUGGUGACUCCUAACCCCCUAGGCACCAACCCCAAGACGGGCAUCAUCCGCCGGACCGUCAAAUAUUCUGAAACGGAUCUGGACGCCGUUCCACUGCGCUGCUACAGGGAGACCGACCUGGACGAGGUGAUGCGGGCGGAGGCGGAGGCAGCAGAGGAGGCGGAGGAGGACUCAGCCUUUGGGAGUAACCGCAGCUUCCUGGGAAACUCCACCUUCAGUCCCGCUGAUGCCUCCCCGAAACCCUGGACAGGUGGAGGGAAGGAAGGGGGCGAGGAGGAGGAAGAGGAGGAGGAAGAGGAGGAGGAGGAGGAAGGUGUGGUGAGCUGGGCCAGUGUCAGGAUGCAGGGAGACAAACAGAGACAGAGAGCCACCAGAGAAGAAGAUGAGGUGUUCAGUCUGCUGCUGAAGGGGCCAUUGGAGGCGUCGUCUGACACCCACGGCGGCCUCAAGUCUCCCAUCUCCGUUGGCAGCCCCCGCCGACCCUCCGACAGCAACCUCGACUCCUUCAGCCGCCAUUUUGAAAGCAUCAUAGAGUCUCACCGGGCUAAAGGAACCUCGUACAGCAGCCUGGACAGCGUGGACCUUCUGACCUCUGGAUCCACGUCUGUGUUCACCUUCGACCUGCCAACCCUGACCCCGGAGAUCCAGAGUCAGAUCUGUGACAGUGCCAAGCAGAUCAUUGAGCUGAGUUUCGCCCCGCUGGCCCGCCCGGACCCGGCCGCCCCCUCGGAGACGUCUCGCUCCGAAAUCACCCUCAGUGCCUCGGGGGCGGGGCUCCGAGGCGGUUCCAAAGACGACUCCGGGCCUCCGGUCCGGUCUAGGUCGGAGAAAGAUUCGUGGCGUCGCUCAAGCGUCAAAGACGGCUUCCGAAAGGCGAGCUCGGCCCCCUCCCUCCACAGCAGCCCCAGGGAGCGUCCGGUGAACCGCCCCCCCGAGCUGCUGUACCCGCAGGCCGACGUGGCAGAGCGACUGGCACUCGGCGGCAGCGAUGAUGCAUUGGCCAACGGCACGAAGGCUGACCUGCAGGCCGCCAAACGUCUCGCCAAACGCCUCUACAACCUGGACGGCUUUAGGAAGUCUGAUGUCGCCCGACACCUCGGCAAGAAUAAUGAGUUCAGCCAGAUGGUGGCGGAAGAAUAUCUCAGUAACUUUAACUUCACGGGUCUGACCAUCGACCAGGCGCUCAGGACGUUUCUGAGACAGUUUGCUCUGAUGGGAGAAACUCAGGAGAGAGAAAGAGUCCUCGCUCACUUCUCCAGGAGAUACAGACAGAGCAACCCCGAGAGUCUGGACACUGAAGACAGCGUCCACACUCUGACCUGUGCUGUCAUGCUGCUGAACACAGACCUUCAUGGGAACAACGUUGGGAAGAGGAUGUCCUGCAGUCAGUUCAUCUCCAACCUGGAAGGUCUCAACGAUGGAAAAGACUUCCCCAAAGAUCUGCUGAAGACUCUCUACAGCUCCAUCAAGAACGAGAAGCUUCAGUGGACCAUUGAUGAGGAGGAGUUGAGGAAGUCGAUGUCGGAGCUGGCUGACGUCCGAACAGACUCCGCCUCCCACACCAUGAAGCGCCUGGGCAGCGGAGGAAACCCGCUGGUGGGUGUCGCCCAUCAGGCUGACGGCGAGCUCUACAAGAACGGAUUCCUGGUCCGGAAAGUCCACGCCGACCCUGACGGAAAGAGAACGCCGCGGGGUAAGAGGGGCUGGAAGUCUUUCUACGCCAUGCUGAAGGGUUUGGUGCUCUACCUGCAGAAGGACGAGUACCGUGCCGAGCGAGAGCUGACGGAGGAGGACGUGAAGAACGCCGUGUCCAUCCAUCACUCUCUCGCCAUGAGAGCAGCUGACUACAGCAAGAGACCCAACGUCUUCUACCUGAGGACGGCCGACUGGAGGGUCUUCCUGUUCCAGGCUCCGAACGCUGAGCAGAUGCAGUCCUGGAUCACGCGCAUCAACGUGGUGGCGGCCAUGUUUUCAGCUCCUCCAUUCCCGGCGGCGAUUGGCUCUCAGAAGAGAUUCAGUCGUCCUCUGCUGCCGGGGUCCAACACCAAACUGUCCCAGGAAGAGCAAGUCAAGUCCCACGAGAACCGGUUCAGGGCGGUUUCCUCCGAGCUGGCCGACCUCACGGCCUCCACCCCAGACCGAAAGGUCAAAGGUCGUGAGUUGGAGGAGCAGAAACUCCGACAGGAGUACCUGGAGUUCGAGAAAACCCGUUACGGUACGUACGCCAUGCUGCUCAGAGCCAAGAUGGCGAACGGGGACGAGGACCUGACGGCCUUCGAGUCUCGGCUGUUUGACGACGGCGGCCUGCAGAGGGCGCACUCCAGCCCCACACUGCCUCAGGACGUCGCCAACAAGGAGAAAACCCGCGGGACAAAGACGUCCAAGAGCUUAAAAGUCACGUCGUCUUCAUCGUCCUCGACCACCAAGAGUGGCAGCAGCAGGGAGGGAAACAGGAAGAAGAACGGGAGCAACCAGAAGGCGGAGCCUCAGAAACAAAACAGCAAACAGGAAGAGGCGCCAUAAGAUUUAUACUGAGUGUAGCUGGAGACGGACAUGAGGCAUCAUGGGUAACAGGCUGACAUCCUCCUUUAAACCUUUUCUGUUAAACCUCAGACAGAUUCUGAUUGGCUGAGGGAGCUGAGCUGAGACGUUCAAGGUCGGCGGGAGAAAAGACGCUCGUCACGACGGACGACGACAAACUGUCAAGUUUCACCAGGAGUGGAAACAUUCAGAAACACUGAGUGAACCUGAACACAUCACUCAACUGUCACUUAACUCCGCCUCCAAACAUCAACACUCACAACAGCUGGAGAGUUUCACAAUAAAAGCUUUAUUUCCUGGUCGAGCUUUCAUUUCAGGGACGUUGUAUUAAAAUGAUACAGACGUUAAAUAUUAGUAAUUAUCCAGUCUCCAGCUGCGUUUGACUCCAGGACCCCCCACGACCAGGACCAGGACCAGGACCAGGACCAGAACCAGGACCAGGACCAGGACCAGGACCAGGACCAGGUCCAGGUCCAGGUCCAGGUCCAGGUCCAGGACCCUCCUGGAUCAGGUUGUUUAUAGGUACUUUUAUUUUUCCUCUCUCACAGCGACAAACACUAACCUCCUGCAUCGCCAUCACUCAGCUUCUCCUAGCAACCAACAGGGGAGCAGGUUGCCAUGCCGACCACAUGUGACAGACAGAGUGCGUGGGACUGUUGCCACAGCGACCAAGCAAAGGGGGGGUGAGAGGGAUGGGAUGGUGGGGUGAGACCCUGCAGUCAGGACUCCCCCCGGCCAAACAACAAGCAGACAGAUGAUACCUCCUCCUGAGUGUGUGUGUGUGUGUGUGUGUGUGUGUGUGUGUG